AUGGGAAUUUUGAAUGUUUUUCUAGCAUUGACUAUUCUUAUUCUCCUGGGGGAUCUUGAACCUCUAAUAGUAGCCAAGCUUGUCCUGGUGAAUAAAGGGAUCAGCGUUGAGAGAGGACACAUUGCCUAUGUAACUGAACAUGAACUACAAUUCAACAUUUCUAAAGAGAGAGAUUCUUGCAAGGUAGAGGUGGUUUUAAAUGAACCAGUGACACAAAGGGUUGGAAAAUUUACACCUCAGGUAUUUAAUUGCCAUUUCUUACCCAGUGAAGUGAAAUACAUCCACAAUGGUUGCCCACUGCUAAAAGAAGACAUUGUGAUGUUGAGAGUAUACAGGUUUACAGAAGUAGAGACCAUUACAGAGAUGUUUGUUCUUCAUGUAGAGAUCAGACACCCCAAAUCAAGUCUCGUUGAAUUUGGAGAAGUCUCUCUUGAAGUUCCAGAUUUCUUUGGGAUUUCUCAGCCAAUUGACAGAAAUGUUUUGACUUUCAAUUAUAGCCGGCUUGGUAAAGCCUGCACAGUAAGAAUCAUGUCGUCUGAAUUCUUGCUUCCUGCUGUUGGCCAAAUAGUUGCUGAGGACUCUAAAAUACAGAAAAGUGAAGAUUUACCAGUGCAUACUAAACUGAAAAAAGGCUUAAAAGAGAUACAUCUUCUAAAGAUGAGCUGUGAAGACUUUCUGGAGAUGGGUUUUAGGUACCAGCAUCUUAGUCCUCCAUCACCUGAUAAGGAUUAUAUCUCAAUUCAAGUAGAAAUCAGAGAGAAAAAGAGCAGAUUUCAGUUACAGGCAGAAAAUGUAUGGAUUCCCAUAAGAAUAAAAGGGGCCAUUCCAAACAGACAACCUCAAGCUGCAUUCAUGUCCAUGUUCAUCUUGGAGAUAGAUGAGUUUAUUCUUACUCCUCUUACAACACUGACUUUGGAUGCUGAAGAUGAAGAAACCCAAAAGGAAAGAUUGGUAUUCAACAUUACUAAGCCUCCUCCUCAGGGAUAUGUCACCCACCUGGAAGACCAUUCUAAGGCCAUUACAUCUUUCACUUGGCAGGAUUUAUAUGAUACAAAAGUUGCUUUCCAGCCAUCCAACAUUUCUCAUUCUGAGAGGCAGAACUAUGAGGUUGAAUUUCAAGCAAUUGAUAGCCUCUUCAUGAACAGUUUCCCUAUAUUGGUCCAUUUUUCAAUACGAAGUGCAGAAACAAAUGCUCCUAGAGUUGCAUGGAACAUGGGGCUCAACUUGUUGGAAGGACAGUCUCGUCCAAUUACCUGGGAGUCUCUUCAGAUUGUAGACAAUGAUAAUCUUAGUGCUGUUCAACUCCUUGUGGUGGAAGGCUUGAAUCAUGGUUGGCUCACAGUCAGAGGGAACAAAGGCUUCAAGUUUGCAGUUCAAGACCUUAGAGAUGGAGUUGUCCAUUACCAUCACGAUGACAGUGACACAAUCAAGGAUGACAUAGUCUUCAGAAUCUUUGAUGGAAAGCACAGUCUUAGGCACAAAUUCCCUAUUAAUAUUCUUCCUAAAGAUGACAGCCCACCAUUCUUGGUGAACAAUAUUGUGUUUAAGCUGGAAGAAGGGGACACAGUUCUUAUUGAAAAUCAUAUCCUUAUGGCCUCAGAUUUUGACUCAAGUGAUGAUUACAUCCUCUACAAAAUAUCCAAGCCACCACGUGCUGGAGAACUUAUGAAGCAACCCUUCUCAGAUGGACCAGGCGUUCCUGUCUCCAGCUUCUUCCAAAGAGAUCUUUUCCAUGGUCUCAUUUACUAUCAUCAUUUCGGAGGAGAAAUUUUCCAAGACUCGUUUGAGUUUACCUUAGCAGACAGUCAGGAGCCACCUAACCUUUCGGAUUCUCAGAUUGUGAUGAUUCACAUUAUGCCAGUGAAAGAUCAUUUGCCAGAAGAAGUACCUGGGACAACAAGACACCUUGUGGUCAAAGAAACAGAAAUUGCACACAUCACAAAGGACUACCUCCAUUUUACAGAUGCUGAAUUGCCGGACAACCAACUUAUGUAUACAAUUACAAAACCCUGUUUUGCCCCCACUUCUCCUGGACUUUAUGAUGCGGGAAAGCUAAUUUUCACAGACAGCAUAAAAAACGAUGUGAAAAAUACCCCUGUUCCUUUGUUGUCAUCUUUCACACAGCAUGCUGUAACGCAUAUGAAAGUGGCAUACAUGCCCCCGUCGAUGGAGAUGGGCCCUGACCCAUUGUUUAUACAGUUUGAAUUCUCUGUCAGUGACCAGCAGGGAGGAAUGAUGACUGGUCUCCUCUUUAACAUCACAGUGACGCCUGUGGAUGAUGAAGCACCUGAGAUUUUCACCAAUCAUCUAAAAAUAGAGGAAGGAGCCAGUUCAUUCAUCACAGAAGAGCACAUAAUGGUAACAGACUUGGACACGAAGAACAGUGAUAUUCAAAUUGAACUGAAGAAGUCACCUUUGCAUGGACACAUUGAACUGCAUGGAGUUGUUAUGCUGGAGGGGGAGACAUUUACCCUUUGGGAUUUACACUCCUCCAAUGUCCGGUAUCAGCACGACAGUUCAGAAAGUCUUGAAGACAGUGUCUUAUUUUCAGCAACAGAUGGAUUAAACACUGCAGAUGGAAUGUUAAAAGUACAGAUCAUACCAGUUAAUGAUGAGCCACCAGUGCUCCAACCUGGAUUAAAAUCAAGUCUGGAGUGUUUUGAGGGAGGACAAGUCAUCAUCACUACUGAAUACCUGUACGCAACAGAUGCUGACAGUGAUGACUCCAGACUCACUUACAUGAUUGCCAGGGCUCCAAAGCAUGGAGAAAUUCAAAAGGAUAACCUUGUGGUGGAUACAUUUUCUCAACAUGACAUUAUUGAAGGAUCCAUCUCCUAUGUACACACUGGAGGAGAAAUAGGGUAUAAAUACUUGAGCGACAGUGUAACUUUCGUUAUCUCAGAUGGAGAAGCUGGACUAGUGGACGGCUGUUGCAGUGAUAAAAAUUUCCCACCGCCUGUACCUCUUCAUCCCAAUUUACCAGUGUAUGAUCUGAACAUCACAGUGCUACCCAUUAACAAUCAGUGGCCGACCAUUCAAAUUGGAACAAUGUUUGUGGUGGAAGAAGGGUCUUCGGCAUGUAUCACAUUAAAAUAUUUAGACGCUUCAGAUGAAGACUCAAAACCUGAGGAGCUAACUUUCUUCUUAGAGACAAGUCCUCAAUAUGGUUACCUGGAGAACAUCCUUCCUAUACCUGGAUAUGAGAAGAGCAAUGCUGGACUUAAUAUAAGUGCAUUCACUUUCCAGAGUCUCAAGGCUGGUUAUAUCAACUAUGUUCAGUCUGAGCAUGAGCGUUCAGAACCCACCUCUGAUCGCUUCAUGGUAUCAGUUAGCGAUGGCCUUCAUGAAUCUAUAGCAAUGCCUUUCUACGUCGUCAUUGAUCCGGUUAACGAUGAAGUCCCAGAGCUGAACGUUAAGAACAUAACAGUAAUGGAAGGUGAUAUUAGGGACUUGGGACCUGGCAUCAUCAACGUUGAAGAUUUUGAUGUCCCACAAGACUUGCUGAGUUUCUAUAUUGCUACUCCGCCUAGUCAUGGAUUGAUACUAAAUGGAAUUUAUGGCAGAGAUAUUGGACGCUACAGGCAACUAAGCCCAACUGUACUUCAUCAAGAUUUAGAAAUUCACAGCUUUACGUUGGAGGAACUCAGACAAGGACUGAAGCUCAUGUACAUGCAUGAUGACACAGAAAGCCUAGAGGAUAGUUUCACCAUUCAGCUAACAGAUGGCAAGCAUACAGUCCAAGGGACACUUUACGUCGACAUGAUGCCAGUCAACGAUGAAAUCCCUCAUCUUUCCAGAAACACAGGCCUAGAAGUGGAAGUUGGAGAGAGUAAAGUAAUUUCCAGUGUGUCCUUAGAAGUGGAAGAUAAAGAUUCUUCGAGGAAUCAGCUCCAUUAUGUCAUCAACAACAAGCCAAAAUGGGGACACCUACAAUUAAAGACCACAUCAGCUUGGAGCACUCUGCAUCCUGGAAUGAAUUUCACUCAAGAUGACGUGGACAUGAACCGCCUCUGGUAUUUCCAUACUAACAUCCUGGUUCCAGAAAGCCAUGACAGCUUCCGAUUUUAUGUGACGGAUGGGCAGAACAGCUCUCCACCAGAAAGCUUAUAUAUCUUUAUUAAAAGUCUAGCUAAAGGUGACAUUGUUCUAUUCACCAAACCUGUAACUUUAACAGAGGGUGACAGGGUGACCUUGACGACAGAUGUUCUUAUGGCAACAGAUGGCACUGGUAAACCCGAGAAGCUGCUGUAUGCCAUUUCUGUGCCACCUGUGCAUGGUCGGAUUGAGUACAUCAAUUAUCCCGGCGUGCCCAUUUCCCGCUACAGCCAGUUGGAUGUUGUGGCCCAGAAGGUUUGCUACAUUCAUGACAAUAGCCAUGAGGCUAGUAAGGAUUCAUUCAGUUUUACCAUCAGUAAUGGUCAUGUUGAGAAAAAAGGCCUGCUAAAAUUGAACAUUGAACACACUGACCAGAUUCCACCUACUCUACUGCAUAACAAAGGUCUCCAUAUCGUGGAGGGUAGUAAAGGAUUUUUAACUCCAGAUGUUCUUCAGAUUACAGAUGUAGAUAGUCCAGUAAAAAACCUCACCUAUAUCAUCACACAGUAUCCGCAAUAUGGUCAUUUAUAUAUGGAAGAGACUGUCAUGCACCGGGGGGAAUUUACACAGCUGGAUGUGGAUAAUACAAAAGUGUACUACAAGCAUAAUGGAGGAGCCGGACAAAUUGAUAAAUUUUCAUUUAUAGCUACAGACAAAGUUAAUAAUGGAGUUUUGGUCAAUGGCCAACUGAGAGAUGACCCAAUAGAAUUUACAAUACAGAUAGAACCUCAAGAUAAAAUGGCUCCAAAAGUCCUUGUAAAGUCAAGCCCAACCACCAUACAGAACCUGAAAGAUGGGAGGUUUGCAAUCCCUAUCACUGUUCACAGCCUGAAAAUCACUGAUGCUGAUAGUAGAGAUGAGGAGCUCAUCUUUAAUAUUCGGCGGCAACCUUUCUUCGGGUAUCUUGAAAAUCCAAGAGGAGGUGGUUUUGUGCUGAACUCAUUUACUCAAGAUGAUUUAAACCAGCAUAACAUUCGGUACAUCAUAAAUCCCUCCACUGAGGUAACUUCAGAUAGCUUCGAAUUUGAUGUCUCGGAUAAAGCAGGCAAUACAAUCGUUCCAGAAAUUCUCGAAAUAAAAUGGUCCCGUAUAGAACUGGUAGAAACAUGCUAUCGUGUCUGUGAAAGCAUUGGAAUGCUUCCUGUCAAACUUCUAAGAACAGGAGGGAGUGCAGAACCAUCAUUUGUUGGUAUAAAGGUCCAAGAAGUGUCAGCUAGAGUCGGCUUGGACUUCAAACAUAGUACAGCAAGAUUAGUGCAGUUUGAUCCUGGUGUUUCCAUCAAGAGCUGGAAUGUCUUCCUUCAAGAUGAUGGACUUGAAGAAAACAAUGAAAUAUUUAAAAUAAUACUGAACAAACCUAAAAAUGCUGUAUUGGGACACAGAAGGGAGCUGACAGUUGAAAUUCUAGAUCCAAAGACUGGUAGCUGUGAUUCUUCCACAACCUUCCAAGCUUCCAAGGAAGUGUUGGAAAGGAUUAGCAACAUUUCAGGAAGCACAUUAUAUGCUGGUCAUUCGUGUACAACAAGCAGAAGAGGAAAUGUCUUCCAUAAUGAACAAUAUCUGGGCAAUAAGAACCACCGUCAGCAUCAUCACCACCAUCAUGGCUCUUCUCCCAGAGGAGAUGUUCAUCAGGCCAAGCACCUGCUUGAUCAUGUAGAUAUGGAUGUCCAAGUUCUUGCACAUGCUAACCUUAAGAGAAAACAUCAAGUAGCUGAAUACAGGCCACUGAUGUUCCAAAGAAUUACGUCAACAGGAGGUGAAGGCCAAUUUGUUCUACCAUCUGCUGCAGAACCCUUGUCUGUUUUGCCGUUUCACCUACAACGCCAACAUGACCUUCCUCAGAAAGAUUUGGGUGUGAAGAAUAAACCUAUCCCAUUAUCAAGAAGCAAAAAACAGAGCCAUAAAUCCAGGACAUGCCCUUCCAGAUGGACACUCAGAGGGAAGCACUGCUACAUUUUGAGUUCCGUUAGAAAUGCUACAUGGGACAGUGCUGAAAAGGCCUGCAGAAAAUGGUCCAGUGGCCAUCUAGCCAGUGUGCAUUCUGCAAGGGAGAUGGCAUGGUUCUGGAAGUUUGCCAAUAAGCAGCCAUUUUGGAUUGGAUUAAAACAAGAAGGUAAAAUGGGCAGCUGGGUGUGGAGUAAUGGCCGACCAGUGACCUUCCAUAACUUCAGAGAAGAAAAGGCAAUGCUCAGCAAGACUACUGAACAGAAAUGUGCUUUUGUACGAAUGCAGAAGAAAUGGGUUGCAAGACUAUGUAGGCAAAGGCUGAAAGGAAGAUAUGUUUGUUCUAUCCCUUCCUUAGCCGAUUCUUCCCCCAAGACACAAAAAUGAUUGAAUUGGUAUGUGAAGUUGGAAAGGAAAUUACACAAGAUAUAUUACCAUGAGAAGCAAAGUUGCAACAAAUUCUAGAAGAGCAGCCAUGAAGUCCUACAAGACACUUGUUGUACAACUGCUUAAGAAAACAUCUUGAUGAAGGAGAAACAUAGCCUCAGUGCAUCAACAACCUCAUAAUUUCAGA